CGCGGGGAGUCUAACUUUUUUUCACCGAACAGUUUCUCGUUUGCUCGAGAGACAAGAGUUUCAAGUAGAGAGAGAGCGACGAAGAUGGAGGGUUUUUUCUCGGAAUUWGUCACUCAAGUUGUUGCCCACUUACGCGGUUCUUUUUUCAAUCUGUGAUAAACCUCAGAGGAGAUGGGUACAGAGCAUGACCAAUCGGUUCUUGCCUCGACAACCACUGCUGUCGCCAACGGUCAACCACGGCAGAAGGGGCUAUGCCCCGCCAUCAUCUUCCUCCGACGCCCBAGUUUGAGUCAUGUUCGAGUGUUUCCAAUCAACUCAACCGAAUCGGUCACUCAAGGGACUACGACAACAUCAUUUUUUCUUCUGCGAGGGAGAGAUUCAGAAUAUAAUCUAUAGCAGUUAUCUCGAAGAAUAUAAUCUAUCGAUCCCGGUGUCUAAUGGUCUGCUUCUCUUUUUGAUACUCCUAGAUUCCAUUAGAGAACGAGGAGAGAUUCGGAAGCAGYAGUGAAAUCGAGUAUUCCAAUGGAAUAGAUUCUCUUGACGGAUGUGUCGUGUCCUCUACCUGCUCCUCUAUGGAAGCUUAGAAGAAAGUUCCUCGUCAUGUUGGCAUCUCUGGAUUGAUGGAGAGAGGUGGAGAGAUUGAAGAAGAUUUGCRAUCCCACAGAAACAUCUAUGAUAAGAUUUUUGUGGCGGUUGGAAAAGAAGUAAAAGAGAAUGAAUCCACUCUACUUUGGACAUUGAAGAACUCGAGAGGGAAGAAGAUAUGCAUCCUUCAUGUUCAUCAGCCGGCACAGUUCAUCCCAGGUCCGAUGGGUACAAAGUUUCCAGCAAACAAAGUGAAGGAACAGGAAGUUAGGGCAUACAGAGAGCUGGAAGAGCAAAGGAUGCAUAAUAUUCUAAAUGAAUACCUUGUCAUAUGUAUUAACCAAGGGGUAUUGUUACUUUUUCUUUUCCCUGCUAGUCUUUCAACUAAAGUGAUAAUUGAAUGAAAAAWUUCCUUGUAUCAAUUGUGGAAUUGAAAUAAUGACAAGCAGAUUUAGCUAAGUAAAUGGUUGAARAUAGA